GCGAAAGAGACAGCAGGCACGGUACGCGUCGUGUGCGAUACUAGAUUUAAAUACUCAAGUUGGUGUGACAGAGAAGACAGUUGUAGACUCGUCAACAUUAGCUUAUCUAAACAAAUAUUCUACAAUGGGUCAGAAAUGCUCUUGCUUGCGUCGCAACGAAAAUUCCGACGAACACUCGAAAAGCGAAGUCGACUCAAAGCUGCGUAUGCGCACUAUUAAUGCAAAUCUUUUAACAGCUCCAGAUGCCGGUAGCUCUGCGGUGCUGGGCAUGCAGCGUGUGGAUCUGUGCCUGGCGGACAACCAUGACGAGCACCACACGAGCCACUUCUAUGCGGCAGCUGCCAAGGAGGCGCUAAUCGUGCGACGAGGCGAACCAUUUCGUUUGCGCAUCUACUUCAAUCGGGAUUACAGCCCCAGCAAAGAUGCAAUUAGCUUCAUAUUCAGCGUGACGGAUGAUAGCAAACCGAAUCCGGGACAUGGCACUCUGACGGCUCUGGUGCCGCACGAUGGUAUCGAUUUUCUGGGUGAUCCAUUGGAGUGGGGCGCCGGCAUUGAAUCGCACGAGGGUCAAAUAUUAACUGUACUAGUGAAGCCACCGGCCACAUGUCCGGUAACCGAGUGGCGUCUGGACAUUGACACGAAGCUGCUGGGCGAUGGCUCGCGCAGUUACCCGUUGCCACUGCCCAUCUAUAUACUCUUUAAUCCCUGGUGUCCGGACGAUCAGGUUUACAUGGAGGACCGGGAUAAGCGCAAGGAGUAUGUGAUGCAUGAUACGACCCUGAUUUGGCGUGGCUCCUACAAUCGACUGCGUCCCUCGGUCUGGAAGGUUGGCCAAUUCGAGCGCCAUGUGCUCGAGUGUAGCCUGCGAGUCCUUGGAACAGUGGGACGCAUUCCACCUGCCUACCGAGGCGAUCCGGUGCGUGUGGCACGUGCUCUAUCUGCUCUGGUGAACUCCGUGGAUGAUGAUGGUGUGCUGUUGGGCAACUGGACCGAGGAUUUCUCGGGCGGUACAGCGCCCACCAAGUGGACGGGCUCCGUCGAGAUCUUGCAGCAGUUCUACAAGACCCAGAAGUCGGUGAAGUUCGCCCAAUGCUGGAAUUUCAGUGGUGUCCUAACCACAAUUGCACGUGCCUUGGGCAUUCCUUCACGCAUCAUCACUUGCUACUCCUCUGCCCAUGAUACGCAAGCGUCGCUGACUGUCGAUGUGUUCAUCGACGCCAACAAUAAGAAACUGGAUGCGGAGACAACGGACUCCAUAUGGAACUAUCAUGUGUGGAACGAGGUGUGGAUGCAGCGUCCCGACUUGGGCAUUGGACAGUACGGAACAUACGAUGGCUGGCAGGUGGUGGAUGCAACGCCACAGGAGGCAUCGGAUAAUAUGUACCGAGUGGGUCCCGCCUCAGUGCUCGCAGUGAAGCAUGGCGAAAUUCUGCGUCCCUUCGACUGCGGCUUUGUCUACUCGGAGGUGAAUGCCGAUAAGCUCUAUUGGCGUUACAAUGGACCCGCCCAGCCGCUAAAGCUAUUGCGCAAGGACACUCUGGCCAUUGGCCACUUGAUCAGCACCAAGGCGGUGCUGAAGUGGGAGCGUGAGGAUAUCACCGAUAGCUAUAAAUAUGCCGAGCGCAGCGAGGAGGAGCGCAGCUAUAUGCUGAAGGCCUUGAAGCAAUCUCGUCAUGCUUUCAGUCGUUAUUAUUUGAAUGAUAACUUCAAUGAGGUGGAGUUCAGCAUGGAGCUGAAGGACGACAUCAAGGUGGGCGAGAACUUCUCGGUGGUGCUCAAGGUGACCAACAAGAGCCAGGAGCGCAUUCAUCAAGCCACCGGCCAGCUUAACUGUGAUGCAGUGCUCUAUACGGGUGUGGGCGCACAGGAGGUGAAGACCAUGGGCUUCGAGCUGGAUCUGAAACCGAAUAGCACGGAGUUUGUGCGCAUGGAGGUCACAUUCUUCGAAUACUUUGAGAAAUUGUCCUCGCAGGCGGCCUUCCAGAUCUCUGCGGCCUGUCGCGUCAAGGAUACCGACUACGAUUAUUAUGCCCAGGACGAUUUCCGUGUGCGCAAGCCGGACAUUAAGCUGCAACUAGGCAAUGGUGACAACGCCAGCAUCGUAUCACAGCAGGAAAUCGAUAUAAUUUUGCGCCUGACCAAUCCUCUGCCCAUAGCACUACACAAAGGGCUAUUCACAGUGGAAGGACCUGGCAUAGAGCAGCCACUCAAAUUUAAGAUUCCUGAAGUACCAGUUGGUGGCACGGCCGCUGCGACAUUUAAGUAUGUCCCACCAUAUGCCGGCCGAGGCACUAUGAUAGCCAAGUUCACUUCCAAGGAGCUGGACGAUGUGGAUGGCUACAAGCACUAUGAGAUUGAGCCGCGACCCGGCGAUGUGCUGCAACCCAAUGGCAGCCAUCGGAGAAGCAAUAUCAUACGCCGGCGCACGGAUGUCAUUCCCUGAACCAAAUGAACCAGUUCGAUAUUGCAAGUCGUUCUUUUCUGUAUUUGUAAGUUAAGUUUGAAUUUAAGUUUUAUAGAUAAUGAAAAAUAAAAGAAAUUCGUAAAUUAGUCAG